AUGGAACAUCGCGUCGGCGCCGUCGUGACGAGGCCCUGUCUGGCACACCGCUGGUCAGCCGGUUGGUGGUGGAACGUCGCAUCGGCAUCGUCGAGACGAGGCUCCGCCUGGUACGCCGUUGAUCUGCCGGUGGGAUGGAUCUCCGAAUUGACACCGUCGACACGCGCCCAUCUGGUGCACCGUAGGAGACCGCAGGCUUGCGGCAAUGCCGUAAGCCAUUGGCAAAUUCGAUUCGUUCUUCCACUGCCAAAAAAACUCGUGGCCCACAGUGGAGUUCGGCCGCGCCGGCACAUCAAGCAGCCCCUAUUCAGGGGUCAGGGCACUGCUUCCUUCGGGGGGGCCUGGAAAAGCUGACCUAAAAAUUGCUGGGGAACCACGUCGUCUGCUGGCGCACCGUGGUCGCAGACGCAAAACUCACGGUCGAAACAAUCAAACGCGAAACAACAACAACAACAACCAUACUCAUUCUCCUCAUCCUACCUCUUCUACCUCUACCUCCGUCUAUUCUUCUGCCUAUUCUUCUCCUUCGUCAUCUUCUUCUCCACCUCCUUCCCAUCGCCCCACUCGUUUUCCCCAGACUGGCAGGGUGAGCCCGCUCACUCUGGCAGCCUGGAAUGUUCGUUCCCUUUUAGACAAUCCGAGGAGCAACCGACCGGAACGGAGGACGGCGCUAGUGGCACGAGAACUGGCGCGCUACAAGGUGGACAUCGCCGCACUCAGCGAGACCCGAUUCUCCGAACAAGGCCAACUGGAGGAGGUGGGUGCCGGUUACACCUUCUUCUGGAGUGGUCGACGCAGGGCAGCGCGACGAGACGCGGGCGUCGCCUUCGCCAUCUGGACCGACAUCGUGGGACGACUGCCCUGUUUGCCGCAGGUAUCAACGAUCGCCUGAUGAGCCUCCGCCUGCCUCUCUGGGGAGGCAAAUUCGCCACCAUCAACAGCGCCUACGCUCCGACGAUGACCAACCCCGACGCCGUCAGAGACAAAUUCUACGAGGACCUGCACGCCCUCUUGGCGACUGUGUCGAAGGCGGACAAGUUGAUUGUCCUUGGCGACUUCAACGCCCGCGUCGGCACAGACCAUACUGCCUGGAGAGGAGUGCUGGGUCCCCACGGUCUCCGCGGCUCCAACGACAGCGGCCUGCUUCUCCUCCGCACCUGCGCAGAACACCGCCUCACCCUGACGAAUACCUUCUUCUGUCUGCCGGUGCGAGAGAAGGCCACCUGGAGGCAUCUUCGGUCGCAUCAGUGGCACCUGCUGGACUAUGUCCUCGUCCGGAGGCGAGAUCAGCGGGACGUGCUGGUGACGAAGGCGAUCGCGGGUGCUGACGGGUGGACCGACCAUCGCCUCGUCAUCUCGAAGAUGCGUAUUCGCCUACAGCCUCGCAGGAGACCACAAGGUAAGCGACCCCCAGGUAAGCUGAAUGUUGCUUUGUUGUCUUUGUCUGCUCACUGUCUCCAUUUCAGCAAUGAGCUAGCUCAACGGCUAGACAACCUUCCUAUCGCUGCCGCCGCCGACGACGCCGCCGCCGCUGCCGAGAACGCCUCCGUGGAGAACCGCUGGUGUCAACUGCGUGACACGGUCCAGUCGACGGCGCUCGCCGUCCUCGGUCGCGCUCCCCGCCAACACCAGGACUGGUUCGACGACAACGACGCUGCCAUCAGAAAUCUACUUGCCGAGAAGAACCGCCUACACAAAGCCUACGUAGAGCACCCAACAGAGGGCAACAAAGCUGCCUUCUACCGCAGUCGCCGACAGCUUCAGCAACGACUGCGCGAGAUGCAGGACGCCUGGACUGCUCGCAAAGCUGAGGAGAUCCAAGGCUACGCGGACCGCAACGAAUGGAAGAACUUCUUCUCCGCGAUCAAAGCUGUCUACGGUCCGCCGACGAAGGGCACUGCUCCUCUCCUCAGCGCCGACGGCAGCACUCUCCUGACUGAGAAGACGCAAAUCCUGCAGCGAUGA